UUUACCCCCAAUUUGCCGUAUAUUCCAGUCAUCACCAUGAGAUCUAUCCAAAAACACAAUUGGAAUGGUGGCAACGACUGGGCUGUGGGCUUGGCUCACGUCAAGGGACACGGCCUCGCGGCUGCCUUCAGUAACGGGCAGAUCACCUUGUACCCAAUGGAUCCUUCCACCUCUGCCAAUGCCCUACAGUCAUUCAAAGCGCAUUCCAGCUCUGUCAACUGCAUGAGAACAGUGGAUGAGCACGUUCUCGCGUCUUGUGCUAUGGAUGCUGUGAAGCUCUGGGACAUGAGAGUCGCUAAUGGGAAACCUGUUGCCUCCUAUACCAAUGCCAAGCGUAGCCCCUUUUUAUCUCUCGACUCGGGCCACGGCAUGCUUGCUGCCGGUACCGAAUUGAUGGGCGUAGAUGCCGAACUUCACAUCUGGGACUUGCGUUCCCUGAAUCCUGUCAGAUCCUUCGUCGAUUCGCACCACGACGACAUCACCGACAUCCGCUUCCACCCAACCCACAAGGACAGUUUGUUGAGCGGGUCCACCGAUGGCUACACCAACGUUUACGACUUGACUAUGGAAGAUGAAGAGGAAGCCUUGUACCAGGUUAUCAACUACGCAUCCGUGCAUUCCGCCAACUUCCUUUCCGACAAGAGAAUCUACACAUUGUCGCACAUGGAAACCGUCGCCAUCCACGAGUUAAACGACAAAUCUGACGAGGCCACUGAGCCUCAGCCAAACGACUUGGGCGAUAUCAGAACCGCAUGGGACUGUGAGUACGUUGUGGACAUGUACCCAGGAUACGUCGCUGUUGGUUCUAACUCCGUCGAAAAGUUGACAUUGUAUCCAUUUGACGAGAGAACUGAGAGCGUUGACACCUCCAAGCCUCUCUGGUUGACUGGUGCUCACGGCGAAGAGGUUGUGAGGUCGGUAUACGCCCUUCCAGGUACCGACAUCGUGUACUCGGCCGGUGAAGAUGGAAAUGUCAAGGUAUGGCAGACACCACAUGCUAUUGGGGCCAAGGAGAGCUAUUUUACCCCAAGAUCGGACGAUAUGGAUGUUGAUAUGGGCGGAAUCGGUGAGGCAAGUGACUUCAACGAAAAAGAGAGGAAGAAGGAGAAGAAGGAGAAGAAGGAGAAGAAGGAGAGGAAGGAGAAGGAGAAGAAGGAAAAGAAGGAAAAGAGGGAGAAGGAGGACAAGAAGGAAAAGAAGGAUAAGAAGGAAAAGAAGGAAAAGAAGGAAAAGAAGGAAAAGAAGGAUAAGAAGAAGGAUGUCAGAUUUAAACCCUACUAGAUUCUUGAUUAGCUC